AUGACGAUCAACUGCGCUGCUCUUGCCGUCGUUAGUCACACCUCAGGAAACGAAACCAACAAAGAUUCGAAAUGUCAUCGAGGCUUGUUCCGACGCAUUGUUGGCAAGCUUCAGUGGCUCAAAGGAUCGAUGCCAAAGAAAUGCGAUCUGUAUAGCGUCGCGGGGGACCGCAAAAAGUCUAUUCGCAAGCGCAAGCGGCGACAUCUUCGAUCCGCGCGCCACAUCAUGAACCUCCGCAUGUUGUGCAAGAAACAACAAGGAACAAUCAACCGCCUCAUCCAAGAGAACGAUUGCCUGCACGUAGAACGCGAUGAUUUUGCUCAUUGGCUUCAUGACGCAGAUAAUGAGAUCGCCAGGCUCCGAUUCUUGUACGUCCCUGGCAGCAAUGAUUUCGCCGACUCGGACAUUGGUCCCAUGCAACCUGAUAUCCUCGAAGAAGUCGGACAACAAGUGGGGGACUACAAGCUCGGCAAGCAGCUAGGCAAGGGAGGAUUCGGAGAGGUAUGA